AAAACAAAAACAAAAAAUAAUAAUAUGAAUAUAUAUUGUUGACUUGAACCGUCCAAAAGGUUAUGAAUCUUUCUCAUAUUUAUGCUUUAAAUCUAUUAAAAAUGAAUAAAAUCAUGAAGCCGUAGCGGGAGGCAUUCACGUAAUUCCGUUGCUUAUCUUGAUCCAUUACUUUCAGUUAUUCCUCUUCGAUUAUCAUCGAUUCAACGUCGAAUCGAAGACCACGCUUUUGAUUCAAUCGUCAUGGACCUAGAAUCAGUGAUUGAGUUUCUUGGAUGUGUUCCGCUGCUACAGAGGCUGCCUAGCUCGUCUUUAAGGGCAAUUGCUGAAGUUAUUGUCGUUAAGCGCUACGAGAGCGGAGACUACGUUCUUCGUGAGGGUGAAACGGGAGCUGGAAUCUAUUUCAUAUGGGAGGGAGAGGCUGAAGUACAUGGCGUUGAUGAAGAUGGGGAAAAUCGUCCGGAGUUUCAGUUAAAGCGUUAUGACUAUUUUGGAACCUUAGCGUCUGUACAGGAUGCUGAUAUAGUUGCUCUGUAUAAGCUUACAUGCUUGAUCCUACCUCGAGAACAUUAUUCAUUGUUAAAUCCGAUGUCGAUCUGGAAUGCCGACAGAACUCCUGAUGCAUGUGCACUUGUUGAGAAAAUAUUGCACCUAGAGCCUCUGGAAGCAAAUUUAUUCCAAGGGAUUACUUUACCCGAGGCUCCAAAGUUUGGAAAAGUUUUUGGUGGGCAGCUAGUUGGCCAGGCACUGGCAGCAGCAUCAAAAACUCUUGAUUGUCUCAAGUUUGUCCAUAGCUUGCAUACAUAUUUUCUUCUUGUCGGGGAUUUUGAUAUGCCAAUUAUAUAUCAAGUUCAUCGUCUGCGUGAUGGAAGCAGUUUUGCUUCCCGGAGAGUGGAUGCAAUACAGAAAGGAAAUAUCAUUUUUACAUUGCUUGCUUCAUUUCAGAAAGAAGAAGAAGGAUUUGACCACCAGAUAGCAAAAAUGCCGCCUGUGCCAUCUCCAGAUACGCUUCUAUCAAUGGAAGACUUGCGUGAGAGGCGCCUUACAGAUCCAUCUCUUCCAAGGACAUACCGUAACAAGGUAGCUUCGAGGACGUUUAUUCCUUGGCCGAUUGAGAUACGAUUCUGUGAGCCUAACAAUUCAACAAACCAGACCAAGUCUCCUCCUAGUUUGAAGUAUUGGUUUAGAGCAAGAGGAAAACUAUCAGAUGAUCAAGCCUUGCAUAGGUGCGUUGUAGCAUACGCAUCUGAUUUGAUAUUUCUUUCAGUAAGCUUGAAUCCCCAUCGUAGGAAGGGUUUGAGGACAACUUCCGUAAGCUUGGAUCACUCGAUGUGGUUUCAUCGACCUUUAAGAGCUGACGAUUGGCUGUUAUUUGUAAUUGAAGCGCCUACUGCCUACAAUGCUCGCGGUUUUGUUGCGGGUGAGAUGUUCAACCAAAAGGGCGAGCUUGUCGUGUCAUUGACUCAAGAAGGCCUCAUUCGGAAGGCAAGAGCGCCAGAAUCGGUUCCGGCCUCGAAGCUAUGAAAAAUCUCAUCUAAUGUGAUAGCUUUCAAUCUAGAGCCCUAGAUUAUAGUAUCGAUUUUGAAGUCUCAACAUGCCAGCGGAUAAAAUGUGUUUGUAAAACCAAUUUGGUUCUAAUGAUUCAGAAAUGUUUGUAUCCCAUGAGGAUCAAAGUUUACUUGGUUGCAAAUUAUGUUCUCUUAGUUGCAGUGUAAAAGUAUAAUACAAUAUAAAAGAGUUUGCAUAUUUAAUAAAAUUUAAAUUUAACUUUUGGACUCCAUUAAA